AUGACAAACUUGGGGUUGCCAGGGGACUUUCUCUCGUCAGAUUCGUCCUUGAGUAACGCCCCUCGCAGCAGCACGGACUCCUCGGCGCCUGUCAAGCCACCGCGUCUCAAGCUUCCCAAGAUAUCCCCGUAUUUUCCAUCCGCAUCGGCAGCGUUGGAAUCCUGCCUUCCUUUCCCGCCUAUUGAUGAUUCCUCUUUUGGGUUGGUUCAAGAACAGCUCGCCCACGACCCUUUCCGCCUGCUUAUUGCGACUAUCUUUCUCAAUCGGACCCGUGGAGCCGUUGCUCUGCCGGUUCUCUUCCAAGUUUUCGACCAGUUCCCCACCAUUGAGUCCAUGGCAACCGCGGAUCCCAUCUCUCUGGUUUCCAUGAUUCGUUGCCUGGGCUUCCAAAACCAGCGGGCGAAGAAAUGUAUCGGUCUCGCGCAGACCUGGCUGGCCCACCCGCCUAGUAAAGAUAAGCGGUACCGAAAACUGCACUACCCUUUCAAAACAGACGGCCGAGACGUUGGUCAGGAAGAGUGCAUCGACUAUGACGAUCCCCGUGUGGCUUGGGAGAUUGCUCAUUUACCCGGUGUGGGGGCGUACUCCAUCGACAGCUGGCGUAUCUUUUGUCGCGACGAACUGAGAGGUCGGGCUGCGGACUGGAAGGGGCGCGGCGCUGCGGAGGACGAUUUCGUUCCGGAAUGGAAAACCGUUCUUCCCCAGGACAAGGAGUUGCGCGCCUACCUGACGUGGAUGUGGCUCAAGGAGGGCUGGGUGUGGGAUCAUCAUACGGGAGAGCGAACGCCCGCGAGCGAGAAGACGAUGCACGCUGCCCGUCUUGGGGGAAUAGCGCACGAAGAAGACGGAAACUGGGUUCUUCAGACUUCGCCGGUUAAGAAGGUCGCCAACGGAUUGACUAUGGGGAGCUCGGUUUGA